AUGGCCAAGAAGAAGAAGCCCGCCAACAACCCCGCACGCGGCUUUGCGACGACAUCCGUCGCCUCGAAACCCAGGCCAGAAGUCCUCGAAGGUGCUGAGAUCGCGCCUGAUGUUGCUUCCCAACCAAAGCACAACGCCAAGGGCGGUGCAGCUACAGCCUCGGGUGCCCAGACACCAGCUACAAACGCCGCAGGUGCUUGCGGCCACCAGCGACUCUGCUGCCGAAAGCAAGGACCUGAGCCCAGAAAGAGUUUGAGAGGCGACUUUGAAGGAGUCCGAGUUGCAGUUGAUGGCCGAGGGCCGGUUUCGCCUCCUCGAACGUCUCGGCAGAACACAGCACCAGCGCAAGAUGCCCCCAGAGAAGACAUGGUCAUUCGCCUUUGGGCACUGCAGCAAACACUUUCUUCCGUGGGCUUUCCCCAGGAACGCGUUCAGGCUGUCACACAGCACAUUCUUGAUAUAUCGCCCAACAUCCCUGCCACAGCGAAGGACAGCAUAUGGGGUCUCGAAGAAGCCAUGGAGUGGCUUGCCCGAGAGUUGACCGCCGAUGAGUUGCCUGAUUACGAGGGUCGCGGCAAACCUAGCCUGAAGCCUACAGAAACACCGGCCGACAGCCCGCUCACGUCAGGCACUACAACUCCGGGCUACUCCGAAGCUCCUUUCCGUCAAACUAAAGGAAAACACGGAGCGCAAGCGCAGGCUCAAAUACCUAGCAAAAAGGCUGCCAUCACAUGUGACAGCGAUAUAGAACCGGAUGAUUUAAUCCCUGUAUAUAUCGAAACCAAGUCAAAGCUCUUUUCAGCAGAGCGGGCACACCAAGAGAGCAAGCGACAGAAGCCCUUCGUGCCCACAGACGAAGGAGUCAUCCCGAGGCUGCAGGCGAAGCUGGAAAGGAUCGAAAAGGAUGUACUUUUCGACAAAUAUCCCGCUGAGCAGCAGUGGAAGGCUAGAAAGAUGGCGCUGGAAAAAGAACUCGCUGCAAUGAGAAGACAGAAAGCCCAGGACGCAACCUCGGAGGCUACAGAGACAAGUCCCGAGCCAACUGAAGAGCCUCUCACCGGAGAUGUCAAUGAUGAAGCUGAACGCAUGGCCGCAGAGAUCCUAGCGGAAGGUGCAGGCGACGACGAUGACGAUGCACUGGCAGGUCUGUUCGACAGCCUACCAACCAACGAAGUGGACGCGGACACUGGCAAAACGAAUACAGUUGUCAAUGGCCCCGACGGAGUCAAGGUCACGAUUCGGUCAUUCGGAACAUGGACAGGCGUGAGCCCGAUGAGGGCGUUGGAGGAAGCCUGCCGCGCCCGGGACUCAUCCGUCAAACUCCACUACGGUCUCAUCUCGGAAGUACCAUUUGCCAACCGCCACAUGCUGAACAUCAGUUGGAGCAAGACCCAGGCCAUACCGCCUGCAUCCUCAGACGACACGGUGCAUGUUUCUGCUUACGCCAAAGCCUUCACCUAUAGCAUGAGGUCUGUGGCAGCUCCCGACAAGAAGCAGUCUGAAGCUUUCAUCGCCACGUGGGCCCUAUACCAUAUUUUUGGCCCCUCGCAAAAGGAAGAAAAGGUUGGACUACGUCUGCCUCCUGUCUGGAAAGAGCUCUGGGCCGAGCUUGCCGAAGCACGUAAGAGCUCCUUAGACGCCAAGGACCGAGAAGAAAUCAGAAUGCUUCGUGCCAUGGUACGACAGAGACAAGAUCAAGAACUCGAGGACGGUGUGAUACUUCCCUCUGCCUUUCGUGGACGCGGAGCGGCGCGAAACGCCGGGGAAUUGACCGAGGGGGCCUCGGAUCCAGCGAAAAGGAAUUUCGGAGGGCCUGAAUAUUUCCAACAAAUAUGGGCUAAAAAGUCCAGUACACCUCGCUAUCAAACUAUGCUGCAAUCUCGAAUGCAGCUCCCUAUGUGGCAAUUUCGUCAGCAAGUCGUGGAUACAGUUGACCGUGAGCAAGUUGUCAUCAUCUGUGGUGAAACGGGUUGCGGCAAGAGCACACAAGUUCCCUCAUUCCUGUUGGAGCACCAGCUGGCGCAAGGCAAGCCAUGCAAGAUAUAUUGUACCGAACCGCGCCGCAUAUCUGCGAUAUCGCUCGCACGUCGUGUGAGCGAGGAGCUCGGAGAGGGCCGGGGUGAUAUUGGCACGCCAAGAUCGCUCGUAGGCUAUUCUAUUCGCCUUGAAGCCAACACAUCCAAGGAGACGAGGCUGGUGUUCGCCACGACGGGCAUCGUUAUGCGCAUGCUUGAGGGCUCGAACGAUCUUCGAGAAGUGACGCAUUUGGUACUUGACGAGGUGCACGAAAGAUCCAUUGACAGCGACUUUCUUCUUAUCGUGUUGAAAAAGCUCAUGCUCCGACGAAAGGACUUGAAGGUAGUUCUCAUGUCUGCUACGGUGGAUGCCGAACGCUUUUCCAACUACCUCGGGAACGCCCCUGUUUUGACAGUUCCCGGUCGGACAUUCCCUGUGCAGGUUCGCUACCUGGAAGAUGCCAUUGAACUCACAGGUUUUAGCACUGGUCAGGCGAGCCAGGAGAAGAUGGUUGAUCUCGAUGAUGACGUGGAAACGGAAACGGAAGGUCCAAAGACGACUGUGGGGAGCGAAUUGGCAAAGUAUUCUGCCAAGACAAGAAACACGCUGGCUCAGAUGGACGAAUAUCGGAUCGACUUCGACCUUAUCGUCCAGCUCAUUGCCAAGAUCGCGGCCGAUCCGUCGUACUCGCAAUUCAGUAAGGCAAUCUUGGUCUUCUUGCCAGGUAUUGCCGAGAUCAGGACAAUCAACGACAUGCUCCUUGGGGAUCCUUCGUUUGCAAAAGACUGGCUCAUAUAUCCUCUCCACUCCAGUAUCGCAACAGAAGACCAAGAGGCUGCCUUCCUUGUCCCCCCGCCGGGCAUCAGGAAGGUCGUCUUGGCUACAAACAUCGCGGAGACAGGAAUCACUAUCCCGGAUGUGACUUGCGUCAUCGACACUGGGAAACAUCGCGAGAUGAGAUUCGACGAGAGGCGGCAGCUCUCCCGUCUCAUCGAUACGUUCAUCUCGCGCGCGAAUGCCAAACAGCGAAGGGGCCGUGCCGGUCGUGUCCAAGAAGGCCUGUGUUUCCAUAUGUUUACCAAGCAUCGACACGACGCGCUCAUCAGCGACCAACAGACCCCUGAGAUGCUCCGCUUGUCCCUGCAGGACUUGGCGAUUCGUGUCAAAAUUUGCAAGAUUGGAGGUAUCGAAGAGACCCUGAGUGAGGCUCUGGAUGCGCCUUCCGCAAAGAAUAUUCGACGUGCUGUCGACGCCUUGAUCGAUGUUCGAGCGCUGACCAAUGCUGAAGAGCUGACGCCCCUGGGUCAUCAACUCGCCAGGCUUCCUCUAGACGUGUUUCUUGGGAAACUCAUUUUGUUAGGCACCGUGUUCAAGUGUCUGGAUAUGGCCAUCACGGUUGCCGCUAUAUUGUCAUCCAAAUCCCCCUUCUCCGCUCCGUUCGGACAACGAGCGCAAGCUGACAUGGUACGCAUGGGCUUCCGACGUGGUGACUCCGAUCUCUUGACUAUUUACAAUGCGUACCUGGCUUGGAGGCGAGUUUGUCAAACAACAAGUGCUUCUGGCGGAAAGGAGUUUCAAUUCUGCCGCAAGAACUUCCUCAGCCAACAGACACUUGCCAAUAUUGAGGACCUUAAGGGCCAGCUCAUGGUCUCUCUUGUGGACUCGGGAUUCCUGUCCUUAACCGAUGACGAGCGACGCGCACUGAACCGUCUGCGAUACUCAAACAACUCACGCCGGCGUCAUCAGCAGUUUUUUGAGAUUCCACAACGCGUCAACCUCAACAGUGAGAACGAUGCAAUCACUACAGCUGUCAUUGCUUGGAGCUUCUACCCCAAACUCCUCGUGCGCGACACGCCUGGUAGUCGCGGUUUGCGGAACGUGGGGAACAACCAGUCCAUCAGCUUGCAUCCCUCAUCGGUCAAUAAGGGUCACAACGAGAUCAGGUGGCUGUCCUACUACCACAUUAUGCAGUCCAAGGCUGUCUACCACGCGCACGAGACAUCGGCAGCCGACGCCUUUGCUAUCGCCCUGCUUUGUGGAGAUGUCAAGGCGGACAUGUUCGCGGGCGUCCUGGUCUUGGACGGGAAUCGCGCAAGAUUCGCGCUGCCGGACUGGAAGACAAUGCUAGUACUCAAGGUUCUGCGCACCCGGCUCAGGGAGGUGCUCACUCGUGCAUUCAAACAGCCGGGCAAAUUGCCCACGGCUCAACAGGAGCGCUGGCUCGAGGUGUGGCAGAAAAUCUUCUCGCAGGACGCCCACAAAGAAAAUGGAUCGACGGCGGUCACCAAGGCCUAG